AUGGCGGGUGUCCAAAAAGUGUGCCUUAAUAAUUUAAAUAUUAAUAUUAAAAAUGCUUUAAUAGUUGGUAUUAUAAUAGCAAAAAAUAGUCCUCGCACUAUAGGUUCUAAGAAAAAAAAUGGUGAAACACGCGGCGUUAUGUCCUUCACUUUACGAGAUUCUGAGAUUGAUACAAUUAAUGUAGAUGUUUGGGGAUCUGAAUAUUUUGUGAUAACUUUUUACGAGAGAUUUCUAGUUGGUGACGUCGUUGAAAUAUCUUCUCCUAAAAUUUGUGUUAAGAAUGGAAAUAAUGAGAUAUAUCGGCCUCAGGUGAGUUCCCCAUUUUAUCUUUCACUCAAUGAAGGUCAAUCUGAGGUAAGCAUAUUUGAUGGAGACACAAUCGGAAUGUACUUUCCACUUUUGCAUAUUCCUACGAAACCUGGUGCUGGAUAUUGCGGACUUUCGGAAGUUGUUAAAUUCCAAGAACAAAAAAGUGACGUCUACGUAGAUUUACUAGUGGUUGUUAAAUCUGUGAAACCUGUUAAGACUAUUAAAACUAAAGCAGGUGUAGAAAUGUCGGUGCGAUCUGUUGAAAUUAUCGACAAUACGACCCCCGCUUCGCUUAUUCUUGAUAUUUUCGAUAUUGAUACAAUUCAAAGGGCGGAGGCGUGGCGGGCGUGGGAGAGCGUGCUGUUCGUGGCGGACGCGCGCGUGUGGCGCCGCCUGCAGACGUGCGCGCGCAGCGUGCUCACGCACCAGCCGCACGCGCCCGAGGCCGAGGCCUUGCGUCUGCACGUGCGCAAUGGUGGAGAAGCCGCCACCUGGGCGGCUUGGAGCGGGGAACGCGCGUGUGCAGCCUCUGUGUCACAAAUACAGGAUCGCCUUAAGUCUGGAGUUCCAUUUUGCGCUGCACUACAUGCGCUGCUGACACACGUUGAUUUAGAAGAAAUUGUAACUACAGAUGGAAAAUUAGAAGAAUUGAGAGUUCGCUUCGCAGACCACACGGGCGAGCUUAAUGCACGUUUGCCUGUUAAAGUAACAGAAGACGCAUUCGGAUACUCGGUAGAACAGUUAAAGGCAAUGUCAGUAGAAGAAAGAGGAGCUAUUCGUUGGAUGUUCCUUUUGGAGCAAUGCAGCGCUAAAGUCGCGGUGACUCCGCCGCGUCUCGUUAUCUUGACUCUGCGAAAAGCGUCACCUGCCGAUCCAAUACCUUUGUAUUGA